GCUGGCCAGAGGGUGGGCUUCGUGGCGGUGGUGGAGGUGGGCUGCGCAUGAGGUAAUGGUGGUGAAAGGAGGAGGGCGCGAGGGCGCUCCAGACGCUGCGUCCCCGGCAAGCUCGUGCUGCGGCUUCUACUCCGAAACGUUUCCAAGGCAGAGAAGUUGCAGCGGGCGCGAGGGUGUGGGUUGCAGCAGACAGGGCUGAAGCGUCUGGGCCGCGCAAUGGAUGGUUGCUUUCAGCUCUAAAAGGGGGACAUCGCCUUGGGUAGAGGGUUGCGCUGCUCCUGCUAUGCCGAGAAAACCCUCUUCACCCGGACUCCUGGUAGAAAGAAGACAGGCAGCAGGAAAGCAACAGGGAGGUGGAGCUGGAGGGAUUGCUGCAUCCAGUGCACAGAGAGGAGGAGGGGGGAAACUAGAGCAUGAAAUUCCGAGAAGGGCUUGCUCAGAAGGAUCCCCCGUGCAAUCGCAGAGAGGAAAGAGGAGUACGAGGAGAUGCAACUGGUGUAACUGAGUCACCCUCCAUUCGCCGUGGAAAGACCGUGAAAUUCCCCUCCGAGCCACUUUCGAGAGCGAAUGACGGAACCUGCUUUUCCAGCUCGCUGAGUGGAUGGGUGCUUGUUAUUUUUUAAAUGCACGAAUCUCACAGGCAAUGAGGAGAGAGUAUUGAAGUAGGUGGGGAUGAAAGCUUUAAAGGGCUUUGUUUUUCGCAUGAAGCAGCAACCAGACGGCUGAAGACUUUCCCCCCUUACAAACCUAGUGAUUCGCUGCAAGAGAAGAAUUAAAAGAAGGGGGAAAUCUGGAACUGAUCCAAGGAGCAACCAGACAGCCAGUGGCCGUGACGUUGCGGGGAGGGGAGUGGAGGGGGGGAUAGAUGAAACCGAUCGGACAUUGACCGAGCGAAAGGGGGCUCCAGCCGGGCUUUGGCGUGCUUGCUCCCUCUGGAGAGACUGCUGCAAAUAUGUUGCUAGCUUCCGCCGUUGUGGUUUGGGAAUGGCUGAACGAACACGGUCGCUGGAGACCCUACAGCCCGGCAGUGAGCCACCACAUCGAGGCGGUGAUCCGGGCCGGACCAAGAGCCGGAGGAAGCGUUGUCCUAGGCCAGGUGGACAAUCGGCUUUCGCCCUAUAUCAUCGACCUGCAAUCCAUGCACCAGUUCCGCCAGGAUACUGGCACCAUUCGCCCUGUGCGACGCAGCUAUUACGACCCUUCUUCGGCACCAGGAAAGGGUGUGGUAUGGGAGUGGGAGAAUGACAAUGGUACAUGGACACCUUACGAUAUGGAGGUGGGUAUCACCAUCCAGCAUGCCUAUGAAAAACAGCAUCCAUGGAUUGAUCUCACUUCCAUUGGUUUUUGCUACAUUAUUGACUUCAGCAGUAUGGGGCAGAUCAACCGCCAGACCCAACGCAAGCGCCGUGUCCGACGUCGCCUUGACAUGGUCUAUCCACUGGUCACUGGAACCUUGCCUAAAUCUCAGUCAUGGCCAGCAAGUCCAGGUGCAGUCAACCCACCCUCAGCACCGGCCUGCACGUGUCCACAGUGCCUCCUCGUCAUGAGUAUCAAGGCAGCAGUGGCAGCUGGGAGCAACGGGGGGACUGGAGUUACAGCUAGCCAACAGCAGCUGCAGCUUCAACUGCAGCAGCAGCCACAACCACCACCACGUAAAGCUGUGUCGCUUUCUGGUAGCACCAAACUCCCCAUUCCAGCAUCAGUGCACAAGCCACAAGAUGGAGCAGCAACUGUGCGCAGUUCAUUGAAGACCCUGGCAUCUCAAGUGAGUCGGAGGCAGGCAGCCAGCACACCAGCCCUCACCACAACUGGCUCCCCUGCCAGUCCACCCAGUGCCAAUGGCAAGGUGACCCGUGCCAGCCUUAAUACACUGAACCGUACCAACCUGCAGCGCCUAGCCAUUGCACAGUCCCGUGUGCUCAUUGCCUCUGGGGUUCCUACAGUUCCUGUCAAAAAUCUCAAUGGCUCAAGCCCGGUCAAUCCAGCACUGGCAGGGAUCACAGGGAUUCUUAUGAGUGCCGCUGGGCUGCCUGUUUGCCUCACCCGACCCCCAAAGCUGGUGCUCCAUCCACCUCCAGUCAGCAAAAGUGAAAUCAAAUCUAUCCCUGGGUUCUCCAACACUUGCCGCAAGACCACCAAAAAGCAAACCAAGAAAGGCAAAACUCCCGAGGAAGUAUUGAAAAAAUACUUACAGAAGGUGCGCCACCCUCCAGAUGAGGACUGUACCAUUUGUAUGGAACGCCUCUCUACUCCUUCAGGAUACAAAGGUCCUCAGCCAGCGAUCAAGCCAGAUUUGGUGGGCAAGCUGUUCAAGUGUGGCCACAUGUACCACCUCCACUGCCUCGUGGCCAUGUACAACAAUGGGAACAAGGAUGGGAGUUUGCAGUGUCCAACCUGCAAAACCAUCUAUGGGGUAAAGACUGGCACCCAGCCUCCUGGGAAGAUGGAAUAUCACCUCAUCCCCCACUCAUUGCCUGGACACCUUGACUGUAAAACCAUCAGAAUUAUCUACAACAUACCACCAGGCAUCCAGGGACAUGAGCAUCCAAAUCCUGGGAAGAAUUUCACUGCCCGUGGUUUCCCUCGACACUGCUACAUUCCUGACAGUGAGAAGGGCAGAAAGGUGCUAAAGUUGUUGCUUGUAGCCUGGGAUCGGCGCCUAAUCUUUGCUAUCGGCACUUCCAGCACCACAGGCGAGUCGGAUACUGUAAUCUGGAAUGAGAUUCACCACAAGACAGAGUUUGGCUCCAACUUGACUGGCCACGGCUUCCCUGACCCGAACUACUUAGACAAUGUGCUGAGUGAGCUAGUGGCUCAGGGCAUCACAGAGGAGAGCGUGCUUCAAGAAAAGGACUGAGAGUGUGGGAGGAAAGGGGAAGGGCCUUGCUCCGGGGGCGGAGCUACAACCAUAGCAGUAUUCCACGGAUUGCGCUCCCUCCCUUCCACUGUGCCUGCUCUGUCCUCUCCCCCUUCUGCCACAGCCACUAUCUGCCUCUUGAAAAGUUGAGUUUUGCUUGCCCUGUUGUCUGCUUAGGAAUUUGUUCGGGUGAGAAACCGCUGGCUUGCACUUCAGUGACCCACAGCACUUGGCUAGUGGUAGCAAACAAACCUGGAGUUUUUUCCAGCUCAUCUUGGGCUUGGGGUGACGUUAUCCCAAUGAAGCCAGAGGUUACAUUAACCUUGACAUGCAAAGCUGCUUUCUGUCUGUCACUCUGAGACGUGGUGGCAUAUUUGUGUGGGGAGAUUGAGAACCCACUGUAAAUUCUGUGAAAAACAGAAGUCUAUUUUGGGACAGGCAGCCCCAUAGAGCAAUCUCAGGAGCCAAGAAGCAGCCUCCAUUCCAAAGGCACUGAAAAUUAAAACCGGCCCUGGUCUUUUUUGCCCAGCUAGGUGUCUGGUUUCAUGUUGUCAUGUCACUGCUGCUUCCAUGUUGUAGGCUCAGUGUGAGUCAGAAAUGUGCUGGUCUUAUCCUUCUUGCCUCUGGUGACCUUACUGCUUACUGCUGGGGUCUGACCUGCUUCCUUAGGGAAGGAGGCUGAUUUUUUUUCUGUCUGAUACAUUCCAAGCUGGGCCACACAUAUGCAAGUCUCCAUGAUCCAGUUCAAAGUGGCUUAGAGUAGAAUAAAUUUAUUAAUUAUCCACAGCUGAGAUCUUGCCUGAAUUCAAGCAGAGUUCUGUCACCCUUUUGCUUCCUCUGUCUUGGUUUAUCAGAAUUUGGCCCACUCCUACUUCCAAACAAAUGCAGACUACUCCAAGCCAAAAUGCUUUAUUGCUCUUGUAGGAGAUGUUGCCAUUCCCAGCUGGGGUCCUUAAUACAGUACUCACUCAGCUGGAGUUUAGAUCAGUUCUCUUUGUCUCAUUGCAUUACUUAAUGAUAGACCAGUACAGAGCUGUGUGCUCAGAUUUUUCUCUCUGUUUGUGAACUGCAUCCCUGGGGACUGUUUUUAUGUCUGCUCUGUUUCUGUCGUGGGAUAGGAUGAGUGGAGUAAGGGGGCGAAGAUGGGAUACUUCGUUUUCACUCCACAUAUUCCAAGGUGGGUUCUUUGAACUAUUUGUAUGGGGGAGUCCCCUGGAUAUUGAUUUGAAUUUAUUUACCUCAUGUUUGGGGGAUUUUCAUAUGUGUGUGUGUGUAUAUAUAUAAAAUAUAUAUGUGUGUAUAUAUAUAUAUAUACACACACACACACACACACACACACACAACACACAUAUAUAUAUAUAUAUUUGUAAUGUAUGAGAAAUAUUUUGAGGCUAGAAUGUGUAACAAAAUGAAGUUAGACCUGGAGGCUAAGUACCACUGUUUUUCACAAUGCAACAAAUUGGAAAUGGUUGCAUUAAGGCUACAAUGAAUCCUCCCCAUCCCCCAGUUUGUUUUAGUCAAGACUUUGGCUUUUGUGGACCUUAACAACCAGCGUGAUCUCUCAUUGGGGUAGGUUUGAGAAGAUUACGAGAUGGAUAGGAUUAGCGGAAAAGCAUGUGAAGAACAGAGUGAAGCAUGUUUGAGGAGCUGACUGAUUGCAUGCUUGUGUGGUGUUAGGAUGUGUGUGAAUGAGGAGGAUCCCAGAGACAUCAUAGGGGUUGUUAAUACAAUGUUUUUUUCUAAAUAAUUGUGGUUCUUUUGAAUAUACACUGCCUGAAGAUUUGCAGUGUUUUUUAAAACAGCCUAAUAUUAGAAAUUCUUUUUAAUGUAGCCUAAUACCAGAAAUUCUUAUUACAAGUGAUAAAGUGUCACUCACACUGGAAACUCUGGGGUAAAACCAUAAAGUUUCCAGUGAUUUCCUUCCUAGAGCUUCCUUUUGUCACUUUCAGUGUGAAUUUCCAGUAAGUACUUGAGGCUGCAUUUUCUUUACCUGGGGGCAGGGAAUCUACUACCAGGGAGGCUUAGCUGCCCUAACUUUCCCCCAUCAAUUCUUCCAAAGAGGUGUUCUAUUUCAGAAUCAGAAAUUUCUUGCCAUUACUUUCAAUUGUCUCUAGAGAAUUAAAACAAUGUAAUAAACAUAAUGAUGGUAGAAAAGGGCCAGUGAAUAUCACUAGAUCUGAAAUGUCUUGACUUCCAUUAGGGAUUAGUUCCUUAAUAUAUUUUAGCAAAUAGGGCCAGCUUUAUAAUGUGGUGGCUUCAAUCAGUCCCCUCAAGCAGCAAACUUGUGGUGGGCAUCAACCCCCACCCUGCAGCAGCCCACUUCCUACCAGUCUGACUGCUGGAAAGCAAAAAGAGAUAAUCCUCCUUAUCUUCUGUCUCUUGUUGGCCUCUUUAAGAGCAGUGUUGUCCAAAUGCACAGGAAUCCUUCUUGCCUCUUGCAAGAGGGCAGACACUUCUCUGGCUGCCUGUUGCCUAGGCAACCAAAAUGGUCACCAAGUUAUCAUGAGAGGGAUCUUGUGAGAGUUCAGGAAACUCCUUGGGGCAUGCACAGCUUCCCCCUCUAUUUUUAAAGAGAAUAGAGGCAGUAAAGAGGUGAGGAGGAUUAUCUUAUCCUUCUCCAGGGCUGGGUAGCAACAGUUAGGUGUGGGGGUGUUAAGUGUUUGCUGCCUGAGGCAGGAAAAGAAUAUAUUAGACACCACUGUUAGAGUAUAUCCCUGUCCAGAUUUCUAGUCACAAGAAGAUUAAAAAUGAUGAAGUCAUCUUUAUUGAGGUGAAAUUAUUAUGGGAAACUUUUCUCCAGUGCCUAAAUAUUUCAAUCUAACCCUUUUUCUCAAACAACCAUCAAAUGUGACUUAGCCUCCAGGAUAGGGGAGCAGUUUUGGAGAGUUACUUUCCAGUCAUUGUCAGCUCCAGAUGAAGGGAGUGAAUUUGCCUUUUAUUUGACUUAGUUUGGGCUGAUUUAUUUCAUCCUUUAACUUUCCACCAGUAAUUUUAUACUUUAUAGAGAAUGACCAGCCUGAUGUGAUGCUCUCAUUGGGGGUGAUGGGGAGGAUCUCUUCCUCUUUGUCCUCAUCGUGGUCCAAAGCAGGUUGUUCGGAUAUUGGUGGUGGUCUGGGGGGCAUGAGGCGGGAGCCAUGCUGUAUAUUGUUUGUUUGUUGUUUGUGAACGGUGCGUUUUGCCCGUCUCUAGUUUGUUGCAUUAAGUAAGUAUGGCACCUUUGAGGUGCAACAAUAAAAGGAAAACUUCACUGCCA